UUCGACAUUAUUUUAAUAUCUGCACAUUUUGAAAAUAAUUACUCCGUUUUAUAUUUUAAAUAUUACAAUGGAUAUUUACGGGUCAUUUUUGAAGCUUUUCUUUUUCUCUUUACGCGAACAGAUAUGAAACGCAAUGGCUGUUUGUUCGAAACUAGAGUUGGGAGGCUGGCUUUAGUUGUUUAUUCACCAUCAUGGCCAACACUGUCGUGUUCCGACGUCUGCUAAAAUCUCUUUCGCUGAAUUCUUCCUUCAACAAUGUUGUUCGGUGAAUAGAAACUUAUAAUUUACCUUUAUAUGUCUUCAGCAAUUGUUUUAGCCUCCGUCCCAUAUCGUCCUAUGAUCUGUAAUAUUACAGAUCAUUGAAUACAAACACACACAUUUAUACAGCCUCUGUUUAUAGUCACAUCCCGUUUGCAAUCAGCACAGUUUUCUCUGGUCUAUUUACAGCAAUUCCAGCUGUUGACACAUUCGCUUAUAAUCAGAUUUUGUGGUGUAAAAAUCUUCUAUAGUAAUACUCUUGUGUUUUUCUCCGUCACAACAUAUGAAUGAGAAAGGGUGGUGAUGGCAAACUGGUUGUGAGAUGAUGGAAAUUCUACGGUGAAAAAUGUCCAAAUAGCGUUUCAAUUCUGUGUGUGUACAUGGGAAGUAUGUGAAUGUUUGUAUGUGCGAACCAGAGUUCUUCCAGUAACACGAUGAUAGAUGUGGCAUCUCAAAAGACAACCAUUAGAUAACAUUGACAAGUGUAUUAAUUUGAUUGACCAUCCAUAUUCUAUCUGCUGUGUUAUAAAUAAUUAUCACAGUCACACACAUCUACAUAAGCAUAUACAAACUCAUUAGAGAAAAUAAUUAUUGCCUGAGUGUAUCAAGAAUAUAAAACGACCGCGGUUGAAAGGUUUAUUAUAAAUACACAUUUAACGGUUAAAACAUGUCCUUUAUUUACAUUAAGGAAUUUAUGCCUAGGGAGUUUUUACAUCAACUUUAAGUCAUGGACUGCUUUUUGUGGCUUUAAGUCGUAUGAGUUUAGGUUGGUUUCAAUAAUGGAGAGUGCAGUUGAAAGGAAGCGUCGCUUAGCGAGAGAAAGACAGAGGAAUUGCAGAGCAAGGCUCUCAGCUGAAAAAGCUGCUGCCAUUAAAAAGAAAGAUAGAAUUCGAGAAGCACAUCGCCGUAAAAAUGAAACUGCUUUUGAAACUGCUGCAAGGAGAAAAUAUCAAAGAGAAAAAAUUUUGCAAAGGAUUGCAAAUGAAACAGAAGAAGGGGCUAUUCAAAGACGGCAAAGAAAUGCCAAUGCAAUGAGAGCUGCCCGGGUAAAUAAUGCAGGUUUUAUACCUGAUAAUUACACGUAUUCAGAAAACGGAGUCCACAUUCAUAACUGUGGAAAUAUGGAUUCCGUUUGCCAGUUUUGCUCAGGAAAGCAUUUUUCUGCUGAGAAACCAUCAGAUGGACGUUUCAAUAAUUGUUGUCACAAAGGCAAAAUUUUACAUCCUAUCAGAAGAGAAUUUCCACCAUAUUUAGUUUCAUUGUUAUCUGAUCAAAAUCAUCCUCAUUAUAGAAAUUUCCAAGAAAACAUUCGGUCAUAUAAUUCAUCACUGUCAUUCACUUCGAUGGGUGCUCAACUGCAGAAUCCACCAGAAAAAGGCCCAUUUUGUUUCCGUGUGCAUGGACAAAUUUACCACAGAGCUUCACAUAUUUAUCCAAAUGAAGGUAAACGAAGACAAUAUGCUCAACUUUAUGUUGUAGACAGCACCCAAGCAACAGAAAUAAGAGCUCAGGAUCAUGUCAAUUCAGGCUGCCUCCAAGAAGUGCUCGAAAACUUGAUUAAUAUUAUUCUUAAGGACAAUGUUUAUGCUCAGUGUUUUCAAACACUUCAUGAAAUUGAAGUACAAGAAGAACAGCGUGCUCAAGAAGAAAACAUUGAAAUGCCAAGUGUCAACUUAGUAUUCAACAGAGAUCAUAUUAACGACAGAAGGAGAUACAAUUUGCCAACAGUCAAUGAAAUUGCUAUUGUAUUCAGAAACGAAGAAGGUGAACCACCAUUUCAUAGAGAUUUUAAAGUGUAUCCAAGGAACUCCGAUGUUCCAACCCUAAAUCUUGACAUCUUGAGCCCAGAACUUGAUCCAAUGACAUAUGUAUUGUUUUUCCCACACGGUGAACCUGGAUGGCAGCCGCACAUGGCUGGAAACCGUGAGGACCAACAACGUCAAAACAUUUCAAUGCUUCAACAUAAAAUAUCUUUAACUGCUGUAAGGGAUAAUGAAUUCAAUCCCCUUUUGAACGGGGGAAAACUUUUUCAACAGUGGGUUGUAGAUUCUUACUUGCAAGUUGAAGCUUACAAUUUAAAUUUCAUACGAACACAACAAAACCAUCUGAAAGUGGAACAACAUCAAGGAUUUGCUGACCAUUUGACCAAUGCAGCAAAUACUGAAGAUGCUCGAAUCGGAUGGACAGGAUCAGCAAGAAAUAUGAGAGAACAAUACCAAGAUGCAUUAGCAAUUGUGAGAAAAUUUGGCCCACCUGAUAUAUUUCUUACUAUGACAUGCAAUCCUAAUUGGCCCGAGAUACAAAACAACCUUUUUCCAGGUCAAACAGUCUCCAGUAGACCAGAUUUAGUUGCCCGGGUUUUCAGUAUUAAGUUGCAGGAAUUAGUAAUUGAUGUAACAAAAAGAUAUGUGAUUGGCCGAGUUGUCGCACAUUGUUACACCAUAGAAUUUCCAAAGAGCGGACUACCACAUGCCCGUUUAUUAUUAAUAUUUCAUCCAGAAGAGAAACCAAACUCAACAGAAAGAAUUGACAAAAUUGUGUGUGCUGAAAUUCCUGACCCAGAGACAGAAUCAAUACUCUAUGAAAUUGUUAAGAAAUUUAUGAUUCACGGUCCUUGUGGUGAGCAAAACCCUAAUGUACCAUGCAUGGAAAAUAACAACUGCUCAAAAGGUUUUCCCAAACAAUUUCAACAGGAAACCUUUACAAACCAAGAUAGUUAUCCAUCCUACAGAAGACGUCCGGGUUCAACAUUAAACGUUGGUCAGAAAGUAGUGGACAACCGAUAUGUUGAACCUUAUAACAAAUAUCUAAGUCACAAAUACAACUGCCACCUCAAUGUAGACAUUUGCACCUUCAUCAGGUCUGUGAAAUAUGUGUACAAAGACUUAUACAAAGGCUACGAUUCCGUAACUGUAGGCAUCAGCGAACACAAUGAAAUCAAGAAUUUUCUAGAUGCGAAAUAUGUGAGUGCUCCUGAAGGAAUGUGGAGAUUGCUUGAAUUCAAAAUGCAUGACAAAUCCCAUACCGUUAUUCAUCUUCCUGUUCAUCUCCCACAGGAACAGCCCGUCUAUUUUGAGGAGGGACAAGAAAGACAAGCGCUAGAAAGAGCUGCCCAACACAACACUCCUCUAACAGCAUGGUUCUUGCUCAACCAAAAUGAUGAAAACGCAAGACAAUAUCUGUAUGCGGACAUUCCUUAUCAUUAUGUCUACAACAAGAAAAUGAUGCAGUGGACUCCCAGACAACGUGGAGCUGACAAAAUCAUAAGUGAAAUGUAUUCUGUCAACCCCAAGUAUCAAGAGAGGUUUUACAUGAGACUUUUGUUGCUGCAUGUUAAAGGAUCUCGAAGUUUUGAAGAACUGAAAACUGUGGAUGACGUCAUAUGUGGCAGCUAUAAAGAAGCGGCAGAGCGCCGGCAGUUGGUUCAAAAUGAUGAUGAGUGGAGAAGAUGCCUAGAAGAGGCUUCAUUGACAAAUAUGCCACAGGAGCUCCGGCAGCUGUUUGCACACAUUUGUAUUUUCAAUAAUCCAGUCAAUCCUGAUGUACUCUUCAACAGCUUUGAGGAAAGCUUGAUUGAAGACUUCCUUACAAAUCACAGCAGAACAAUCUCAGUACAACUGGCUUUACGAGAAAUUGAAACAACAUUGUCCUUGCAUGGUUUGACAUGCCAAGAGUUGCAUCUUCCAAUUGACGAUAUGUCUUUGACGGAUUCCCAGAAUGUGAAGCAAAUCCAGGACAACCUUGAAGUGGAAGCAUAAAUUACUUCUUUCACAGACAAUCAGCGUCGUGUGUUUGAUCAAAUUAUCACAGCUAUUGACAACGAACACCGACCCAGCAGAUUUUUCUUCUUAGAUGGCCCUGAUGGAACAGGAAAAAUGUACCUCUACAAUACCUUGAUAUCGCAUUUGAGUCAUCAGGGAAAGCGAGUUCUCUCAUUUGCUACAACAGGCAUUAUGGCUGAUCUGUUGCCUCAAGGAAGAACUGUACACAAUGGCUUUAAGCUCCCAGUCCCGAUCUUGGAAAAUUCUACAUCACUGAUGAAGAUUCCAUCACAGCGCUCUGAAGAAUUAAAAUUAGCUGACCUGAUAAUAAUAAUUGAUGAGGCAUCAAUGCUUUCAGGAAAUACAUUGAGGUGCAUUGAUCUACUGCUAAAGGAAAUAAUGAGCUGCCAUAAGCCUUUUGGUGGUAAAGGUCUCCUUCUUGGCGGAGACUUUAGGCAAACUGCACCAGCUGUUCCGAGAGGGUCGGAUGCUGCUAGAAUUGAAUCUUCUGUCAAAUAUUCUCCUCUGUGGAAAGAUGUGACAAUUUUUACUUUAACAGGGAAUAUAUGAA